AUGGAAUGGACGACGACUCCCAGCUUCAGCGUCAGCCUCAACUCCACCACCACCUCCACCUUCACCUCCACCUCCAUCUCCGGCUCCCGCGCCAGUGCCAACCCAAGCCCGCGCCGCAUCCCGCCGGACCUGCGCAAGCGCGCCGUCGUCAGCUGCGACCGGUGCAAGAAGCGGCGGCGGCGAUGCGUGCGCGGUGGUCGUUCCUCCUCGGCCUCGGCCACCGCGACGACGUGCGAGCUGUGCGCAGAGCACGCCGUGCCGUGCGUCACGACGAUUCCCCGUAAACGGCCAUCUUUGGCUGCUGCUGCUGUUGCUGCUCAGCCUCUUCUGGCGGUGGACGAGAACAUGUCUUCUCGGCGCCAUGUUCUCCUGGAGCAACUCGUCGACAGGCUGUUCCCCGAGGUGACAUUGGCGGACGGCAACGAGCUUGCAAACCUUGCCGAAUGUCUGGAGAGAAGCCGUGUGCAGAUUCGCUUCGUUGCUGGACACAAGAUGUCCCUGACGGCGAACGGUGCGACCGUGCAAUGUGGUCUUGCUUCGUCCUCUUCGACCUCGGGUCCGGUUCUUGAGAACCAUCACCACCAGCCUUCAUGUGUAUCGCACAGCGAGCGUGGCAACUUUGUGCUGACGCCGUCGGAGCUGCCUUCUAUUCCAGCAGCAGCAGUAGCAGCAACAACAUCAUCAUCAUCAUCAUCAUCACUAUCACCAUUGUCGACAGGGAAUGGGAAGAGGAACUGCUGUGAACGAAUCCUCCAGAAUUCCUCGGGGACGCUGUGCUACUUCGGCCCCUCCAGCUCGAUGGCCUUUGUGAUGCAGCUACGGGAGCAUCUGAUCUCCACCGCGACCCAGAACCUGGACAAGCUCCAGCCCAAGCAGCGCCGGCUGCGCCAGAAGUUCGUGGACGACAACUACUGCUGCACAAUGGAAGAGCCUUCUGCGGCCAGGGUGACGGGCACACAAAGCCACAGAGAUACGAUACCUCCGUCGUGUCUGGAAGACGUGGCUGAUGUUGAUGAUAGUGACGACGACGACGAUGAUGAUGAUGUUUCCGUCGACGUCCACUCCUUCACGUCCCCUGUAAUGCCCCACACGCCCCCCAGGCUCGUCGACAUCUUGCCGGCUCGAGAUCAGGUGGAACACCUAGUGGAAUUGUUCUUCGUGCACGUCCAUCCCAACAUGACCUUGUUCCAUCGUCCUCUAUUCCAGAGCGCGCUUGAACGGCUGUGGACCAUCCCGUCAGACUUGGAGUUGCAGGACGUGGGAUGGUUGACCUGUUGUCUCCUCGUGCUCGCCUUUGGCUGUAAAUAUCUCGUCUCGACAUCGACAACAGCUGACAAGACCGCUUCAGCUUCCGUUGCCGGAAGACCAUGGCAAACCCUCCAGCUGCGGCUCGUGGAGAUGGCGCUGGGGAACGUGGUACGGCUGAUCCAGUGUGCAACUCUCCAAAGCGUGCAGGCACUGGCCCUCCUCGCGCUGUACCUCAACACCACGCACCAGCGCAACGCGUCGUGGAUCAUGAUGGGCUGUAGCAUCCGGAUGGCCGUCAGCCUGGGGAUGCACCGGAGCGACGAGAUCCUCGUCAAACAGCAGCAGAAGAGCGUUGUCCUGUCGACGGCCGUGGACCGGGAGUUGAGAAAGCGCGCGUGGUGGUCCCUGUACAUCUUUGAGCAGUACAACAGCGCCCUUUUUGGGCGGCCGAGUGCCAUCGACGAGCAUGAAACGACCAGCGAUCUGCCGACGGACUCCAUUCUGGAUGAAGGAUACCAUCGACCGCCCGGACUCGUCACGUAUGACAUACACCUGGCGCGCAUUGUCGACCGGAUCCGCAAGUCACAGGCAAGCAAAGGGUGUAGUAGCGUGGGAGACGAACAGAUGGCACGUCGACACCUGGACGAGCUGGAUGCAUGGUACGAGGCCUUGCCGGUGUUCCUGAGAUUCGACGUCUCGAACCAGCGGCACGUCUACCCGAGCCACUUCCGGCAGCUGGUCACGCUGCAGCUACGCUACCAGCACGCGAAGCUGCUGCUGACACGGCCCUUCUACCUGCGCCUGGUGCAGACCCGCCGAGCAGGAGGAGUACCAGACACUGACACCGCGACCUCGACCUUGACCCGGUUCUUCGGCGACGUCUGCAUCACGGCGGCGCUGGACUCGUGGCGCCUGGCCCAGCACCUGUGGGGACGGGGAUUGUUCCCCACCAGGGACGUCGUGGUCGGGCUCGACGGCGUGCUCCUAUACCAGUGCGGCAUGGUGUUGGCCCUGGCGUGUCUCGACACCCGCCACCAGCAGCAGCAGCAGCAGCAGAGAUGGGAUGUGGGCGGUAGUAGUAGUCGAGGAGAUCGCCGAGUGUUUUACCGCGCCGUCGAGGACAUCUUGACCAUGCUGCACGACAUCCCACCCGACAAUCCCAUGAGUCGCAUGGUCCAGAUCGCGGACGACUUCUGCAGCAUCGUGCGGUCGAUGAAGUCUGAGCACGUCGGCCCCCACGACUCGAUCGUGCAAGAUCAGCAGCUGGCUUCGCUACCGCAGUCCAAACCGGGACAGCAGGGCAGAUCUGCUCACAUGUCGCGGACACCGCACCAGCACCACCCAUCUCGGCCCAGCACCACUGAGGCUGCCGCCGUGUCCUUCACAGAGAUGGAUGGCCUGUCGUCGUCGUCGUGGGCUGGAUCCCAGCCAGGAGCAGCAGGGCCAGACGGUGAAAGCAACCUGGUGAACAGAGAGGUUGCAGCACUCCCCGUGGCUUCGACUGCGUGGAGCAUUAUGGGGGGAAAAGAAGAAGAAGAAGAAGAAGAGGAGGAGGAGGAGGAGGAGGAGGAGGAAGGCACGCAGCUGAUUGACUCCAUGCUCGACUGGGACUUGUCGCAGGUGUUUGGCUUCGAAGGGGGCGGGUCGAUGAGUGGUAACCCGUUCCUCGCCUGA